AUGGCACGAAGAUUAUCGGGACUACAACGAGAUGUGUUAUCGCUAUAUAAGCAAUGCAUGAAAGUGACAUAUACAAAGCCAAGAGCAACACAACAUCAUUGGAGAAACUAUUUACGAGAAGAGUUUCACAAGUACUUGCAUCUACCGAAGAAACAAUUUAGCACGAUUGAACAUUUGUUGCGUACGGGCAAUCGCAAAUUGGAGAUGUUUCUGAACCCUCAAAUCAAGGAUAUUCAUUGA